AUGGUGACCUUCCCUAUAGUGGCCGUGAGCUUCACCAUGGAGGAGUGGACGUGCCUGGAUGCCUCUCAGAAGAAGCUCUACAGGGACGUGAUGCUGGAGACCUACCAGCACCUGCGAGCUGUCGAUCUUCGGGUUCGAGGCGGAAGUGCCAUUCAGCAGCCAUUGCUGCCGAGGGUCUGUGCACGGAGCCUCCUGCAGAUCUUUGGGAAUAAUAGGCUGGAGACAAUGGUGACACGGAGCCUGACACACUGUCCUCAGGACGUGGUAACCUUCCCAGAUGUGGCCGUGAGCUUCACCCCAGAGGAGUGGAUGUGCCUCGACAUCUCUCAGAGAAAGCUCUACAGGGACGUGAUGCUGGAGACCUACCAGCACCUGCAAGUCAUCGGAGCAGGGCAUUAUAGGGUGAAGCCUGUGCUGAUUUCUUGGUUGGAAGGAGAAGCCCUGAGGCCGUGGAGGAGAGACUUGUGUGCAGAUCUCAAACCACAGCUUCAGGAUGUGGCAUGGCUGCAGUUUGAUUUGGGAACAGGAUCACCAAAUACGAGUGAGCUGAUAACUUCAGGAACCCAACCAGUUCAUUGCCUGGGGUCCACUAAAACUAAGGUAGCUUGAGGUUUCACCCCUUGUGCAGGCAGGGUCUGCGCCCCUCUGUCAGCAUGAAGCAGCUUCAGAAGAUGGAUCACCGACCAUUUUCCCCUUAAAGAUUUAAGGUGGUGAAAUCUCUAGGGGGGAAUAUGAUGUAGGCAGGUAGAUAGGGAAAGGCCCUUGGCAAUGAAACAGAUUAAUAAAGUCUCUGGGAAGGAGAAUCCUGAGACUGACCCACCUUGUGGACACAGAAAACAGACCUGAUAAGACCUUCUAAAGAAGACCAUCACCACUCCCAACCUCCCUGGUAACCUCCUUAGCAACGGACUUUUACCGGAGAAGAAGCCCCCACGUGGGGGCAGGUUGAAGAGACCCUAUAAAAGACACCUUGAACAAAGGAAGCGAGCGCAUAUGCUGCCUGAGCCCAUGUGCUGCUUGUGCCAUGUGGCCGAGCACAUGUGUCGCCCGCAUCUCCCCCCUUGAGAUGUGUACUUUCAUGCUUUCGUGUUUGUGUCACAAGGGAUACUGGACAAUGCCUCCCCUGACCACAUUUAAUUUAAAACAAAACAGGGGGAGAUGUAGGGAGCCAUUUUACAAGCCCGGCUCUUAUCCUCUAGUCAAGUGGAGGCUUACUUGGGAUUUCUGUAAGAAGGUCACCACUGCUGACCUUACUGAUCUUAUCAGUUCGCCAUUCCUCUCACUAGCCAAUGCCCAUGCCUGAUCUGCAUUUUACUAUUGUUCCUAUGGGGGUCCAAGCAUGCAUACUGCCCCCUCCCACCAAGAGGUAUAAGUAUUGUAACUGCUGUGAAUAAACUCUC